AUGUCGGAUAUCGCUAUGGCUCCUAGGCCGAACACCCCUACAGCGAGGAAGGUUCCCGUAACUUCGUCUCCAAGCUCAAAAGGCGCCGAGAAAGCACAGCAACAGCGGAAAGUAUCUGUUUCUCAAGCUACGAGCACGGCACAGCAACAACGUAGGAACUCGACAUCUCGGGAUUCGCCAAACGUCAUCGGUCAGCAGCGGCGGGAGAGUACUACUGCAAAAGGUUCCAUCCUGGCAGGCAACAAGAGGAAGGAUGAGGAACAGUCGCCAACAAAAGUAUACCCCCAGGGCAACGCCAAGGCAGCAGACAACGGCACCAUUCACCCACACCCCCAAUCCUUCCCACCACCAAAGAAACAAAGAGUCUCCUCAGCGAAACCCAUUGUUAGUUCCACUCAGGAACCCGCAAUAACGACUUCGUCACAACCUCCUUCUGCCACGCCCAUACCCCAAACAAUCCAGCUCCUCCAUUACGUUCUCACCACUCACCCCGACCUCGUUCCCACCUCCCCUUCUCCUGUACUCUCCUCCAAUAUCGACGCUAUUGCGCACAUAAUGUGGCAGGUUGCCUUCAAUCACGGCCCUCUGCUAGCCCGCGCCUGUCAGUACAGCGCCAUGUUUUCGCCGCUCAAGUUGGCUGCGUUAGCGAAGUUGAAUUUCUUGCCUAGCUGGUGGUUCUUCAGGGAGGGGGCUAUGAAGGGACUACCUGAGAUGGUCGGAGAGCGGAUGUUGGAUGAUGGAGAGAUGCAGAGUGAGUGGAAGGAGGCUGUGUGUUGGUGUAUGGGGAUUCUAGGGGAGAGAGCGGAUGUGAAGGCGGGUGUGGGCAAGGCAGAGCAAGGGAAGACGGAGCAGUGA